GGUCGGAUCACCGUUCGGGUUCCGAUCGAGGAACUCAAGCAGUCUCUAUACAGCUUCCUGGUUGUAGCCGAAGAUGACGGCCAUCCCAUAAUGUCAUCUUUUACCAACAUUCGUGUGAAAGUACCGGAGAAUGAGAUUAAUGUCGUGACUGCAAACUCACUGGAGGGUACUGCAUCGACAAUCACAAGAGUCCCAAUCACCCAUGGGCCUACAAGCUAUUCUCGAUCCAGUGCUAGCCCAACAAGGGGUUCUACUAGCAUCAACAGCAGAACCACAUCCAGCGUAUCCGCCACUGGUUGGAUUAAUACUAGUCCAAACAAGGAAACUGCAUCGACAGAGUCCUCUGACACAAGUAAUUCAGGUAAGGAGAGUGAUCGUGCUACAGAAAAAUCUGCGAAGUUAAUGAUUAUGCAUGGUACAUCAAAAGUUUGGGAAGGAGAAGGUAUACUGUAG